UACAUGGCUAAAAUAUAGCAUUUCAUCUUCAGAAUGGUUUACCCACUCCCACUCCCACCAUUAUCGAACUUGAACAAGGGCGGUCAAAUCCCCUACCUUUCUCUGAUUUUUUCCCCUUAUCUCCAUCCUCCAACUCUUCCAUCCCUUCAUUUCCACCAUUUUAACCUAACCCGUCUUCUUCGCCGCCGUACCCAUCAUUUUCCUCUGCCUUCUUUCCCUUUACUCAUUCCAUCGCCUUCCUUUAGUUUGAUUGGGACCAAACUCCAGUUAGUCUAAUGACUUUGAGCAACAAACAACAGUGAACUCAACGAACAGAGGAAAACUGAGAUGUGAUGGAGUGUAUGAUCAUCAUUUACAUUUCAACAUUUCUAUUUGGGUGUCUUCUUUUUUGUGUCAUCAAGCUAUUUUUCAAACUAUGGUGGAUUCCCAUGAGUAUUCAGAGGUUCAUGAGGUCACAAGGGAUUCGAGGUCCUUCUUAUAAGUUCAUCCAAGGCAAUACCAGUGAUGUUUAUAUCAAAAGAAUGCACGCCAUGGCUACACCCAUGGACCUUUCCCAUAACAUUCUCCCCAGAGUUAUGCCUAGUAUUUACUCUUGGCUCAGCCUUUACGGGAGGAACAAUCUUCAGUGGUUUGGAUUUGAUGCUCAGUUGAUCAUUACAGACCCUGAGAUGAUCAAGGAGGUGCUCCAUGAUCGACAAAAGAACUUCCCAAAAGCAAAACUCCAAGGCCACAUCCAUAGAAUUUUUGGAAAUGGACUUGUCACAGCAGAGGGUGAAAGAUGGGCUAAGUCCAGGAAAAUAGCUAACUUUGCUUUCCAUGGAGACAGCCUCAAAAACAUGAUCCCAACCAUGAUUGAGUGUGGUGAUAAGAUGAUUGAAGGAUGGAAGAAUUAUGAAGGGAAAGAAUUGGAUGUGUUCAAAGAAUUCAAAGUAUACACUUUGGAUGUCAUUUCUCAUACUGCUUUUGGGAGUAGUUACCAACAAGGAAAGGAUAUCUUCCACAUACUACAAGAGCUUUGCGAGCUAUCAAUCAGAAAUGGAUACAAAAUUAAGCUACCUGUAAUUAGUAAGAUUUUGAAAUCCAAAGAUGAUUAUGAAGGAAAAAGGCUUGAAAAGAGAAUGAAAGAUUGCUUCAUGGAAAUCAUCAAAGCCAGAGAAGAGAAGUUGAGGAAUGGUGAAGCAGAAGGGUAUGGGAAUGAUUUUCUGGGAUUGUUAAUAAAGGCAAAGAAUGACCCUGAAACAUCACAGAGCAUUUCUGUGGAAGAUAUCGUGGAUGAAUGCAAGACAUUUUACUUUGCUGGACAUGAGACCACCAAUGUUUUGCUGACUUGGACUAUGUUUCUUCUGGCAUUGCAUAAAGAAUGGCAAGAGGAAGCAAGAAAUGAAGUGUUCAAGGUGUUUGGAGACAAGAAUCCAACAUUGGAAGGCCUUCCAAAAUUAAGAACGAUGAUGAUCAUCAUCAAUGAAUGUCUGAGGCUAUAUCCACCGGCAAUGUCAGUAGCACGACGAGUAGAGAAGGAAGUGAGACUAGGAAGCAUGGUGGUUCCAACGACGAUUAUGCUUACAAUUCCAACAGUAGCAGUUCAUCAUGACACGGCGUUUUGGGGAGAAGACGCACAUGAAUUCAAACCAGAAAGAUUUUCAGAAGGGGUGGGGAAAGCGACCGAAAGCAACUUGGCUGCGUAUAUCCCAUUUGGAUUGGGGCCUCGAAGUUGCGUGGGGAUGAACUUUGCAAUGAAUGAGGCCAAAAUUGCAAUGUCAAUGAUUCUACAAAGAUACUCCUUUAGCCUGUCGCCGGCCUAUGCACACAUGCCGGUUCAGUUGUUAACUAUUUGCCCCCAGAAUGGAGUUCAAGUGAUACUAAACUCAAUAACAGAUCACAAAGUCUGAAAUGAACAUUGUUUGGGUGUUAAUAAGAAACAAGAUGUUUGUAUUCGUACUCUAAAUUUGGACAUUGGUAUCUGAAAAUCACUUGUUUAGUUAAUUUUAGGUAGCUUCAAAUUAUAGUUACGUUAUCUCAAAAAAGAUGGUUUUCUACAAAGACGUGGUUGUCUAGAAGAAGGAUACUAAACAUUACUAUUGUAAUGAUCGGUUGGAUCUUUCACCACUGUAAUUAUUGAGGAAAAAAUGUCAAGUUGUAAUCAAAAUUCAAAAA